AUGAAGUGGCUGUCGGUGGUGCCGGGCACGAGGGAGUCGCUAAACGAGGACUCGCUGAUCUCGUGCAUUCUGAGGGACGAGGCGAUGCAGGAGACCGAGAGGUCCACUGUGCUCCUGCCGCAGGCAAACUACAUCGCCCCGACGAAGCAAGGAAGUCGAUCGGGGCAGCGUGGCAAACAUUGCGGCAGUGGUAGCGGAGGUGGGAGGCCGGCCAAGGACGCCGACAAGGGGAAGUCGGCCAAGGAAGGCUGCCGUGGAGAAGGAAGCCGACGCCGCGAAUGCUGGCUGUGCGGCGACCCCGACCAUCUCUCCUUUGAGUGCCCUGACCGCAGUGAUUCCGACGACGACGACGACGCAAAGGGAGGCCACGGGAGGUCGGACAGCCGUCGUCCUUGCCGGGACAGCAAGCCGUGCAAGGAGAAGCAGUCGACCAAGUCGACCUCGGCAAAGGACGCCGACUCCUUCUCUCGCGGCAAGGGGCGAAGCGACAAGGAGGCGUCGUGCUCGCUGGUCGGCAUCGUAGAGCCGACCGCCUCGCUGGCGCCGGAGGCCGGCGAGGACUUCCAGGCGGUGGGGGCGGCAGUGCAGGCGAACCCGGCGGUGGUCCUGCUCGACAGCGGCUGCUCGCACCACCUGAUGGGGACGAAGGAGGCCUUCGUCGACUUGGAGCAGAGCGGCGACGUCAAGCACGUGCGCAGCUUCAAUGGGGCGCUGCAGGACCCGGUCAAGCUGCAGGAUGAGGGCGACGGGAUGCUGCUCAUCUCGGCAGCGGGGGACGUGCUCGGUCGGGCGACGUAUACCGGCCGGAUCCUCUUCACCGACCUUCGUCCCUGCUUGGCGAGGACGACGACGACCACGACGGAGGUGGUGGCUCUGCGGGCGAUAGUCUCGGCGACGAAGUCGACGCUGGCCAAGUGGCACGCCAGGCUAGCGCAUGUCGGCAUUGACACCAUCACGAGCUCGGCAAAGCACGAGGUCGCCGCCGGCCUUGACAUCAAGCCGUCGGCUGGCACCGACUCUCCGUGUGUCUCGUGCAUCGGCGGGAAGCUAACGUGGCACACCUUUCCCGACAAGGGUUCAGACGGGAAGGACACCCUGGCCGUCGUGCACAUCGACUUGUGCGGGCCGUUCCGGGUGGCUACCAAGGAUGGCAGCUUGUACUUCCUGCUGCUGAAGGACCGCAAGACCCGCUACGUGUGGGUGAAGCCGGUCGCCAAGAAGUCGGACGUGUUGCGGGAGUUCGAGAAGUGGCUGGUGGUGGUUGAGCGGCAGGCGAAGAAGUCGGUGCUGAUGCUGUGCUCUAACCAGGGAGGGGAGUUCCUCGGGAAGGAGUUCACCGCCUUCGAGGGGAUCGUUGACGACUUGACCUACCCCUACACCCCGCAGCAGAAUGGCAUGGCGGAGGGGGAGAUGAGGAUGGUGGUGGAGUCGGUGCGGACAAUGCUGCUGCACAUGGGCGUGCAGCACCAUUGGUGGAACCUCGCUCUGCAGCAGGCCGUCUGGGUUCCCCAGCAGCAGCGUGGUGGGAAGCUGAAGCCGAAGGCCAGGUGGGGCCUUCAUCUCGGCGUGUCGGAGGAGAGGAAAGGUUGGGAGCUCCUGGACAUCGCCGACAACCGGGUGGUCACCACGUCGGACGUGGUGUUCUAUGAAACCAAAUCGCUGGAGGUGUGGAAGUCGGUGCAUGGGCCGGCGUCGGGGCGGACGCAGGUCAACCCGCCGACGGACACCUCGACGGCGACGCUACCUCUGCUCGCCGAGGUCGGUGAGGUUGCUGAUGAGGACGUCGAGGUCGUCCGCCAACGCCCCCCUUCCCCUGCCCCCACUGCCCCUCCUCCUGUGGCUGACUUGCGUGGGCUGACUCCAAUGUCGGCCUCUGGCGAUUAG